GAAUGGAUGAAAAUUGUCUCCUUAAUAAAAAAACGCCAGGAUAUAUAAAAGGACAUCUCAACCUUUUCAUCGAGUCAGUCUAAUCCUGGACGCGAUUGGAUCCUGGUCAGAAAACUGUUAAGAAGAAUUAGCUGAAAAUCCUUUCCUAAAAUUGUUAACCGUGUGUGAAUUACUUCUCCCUCAUAAAAAAUAUCGAGAUGGCCUUAGCAAGUGAGGUUAAUCUCCUCUAUUUGGAUUUGGAAUCUUAUCGGCAAAUCUUGGUCAAGUCCCGGAUCAACUCCCCCACGUUUACAGACGAAAUGAAUCAUCUGGCCCACUCGGUACAUUGGUUGUAUUGGGAGGCAAGGAACUUGGACGAGGCGAUUCGCCAGGCUGGAUCGCGCAGCGUCGUCUAUAAUCAGAACGCCUGGAGCGUGAGUUAUCGAUCGAACCAGCUCCGCUACCAGAUCCGAUUCGCCAAGAAGCGGCUAGCAAUUUGUGCUAAUUAUGAGAAAAAUCCGCCCACGAAGUCCACGAUCUUCUCGUCCCCGUCCCACAGCGAGUCGUCUGAGGGUCAAGGGCCGAGUCGCUCCAUCUUUUGGUGGAGUCCACAAAAAAAGCAGGCCUCGCAGGAGAAAGUGGUUUAUAAAUAGGUCCUAACUUUGUACUUAUGAAACCAGCUAAUUUUUGAAAAAUUAUUGAUCAAAUUAGAAUUUCCAGUCUCAUAUGAAUUUCAUAUUUCAUUCUGCUUCCUUAUUAUUGGCAUAUUUUUGAUAAAGUGUCCACUUAAAUAAAUAAAUUUCAAGAAAUGAA